UUUUUUAGUAAUUUGAAGAGAGAUUCUGAAACCUAACCUUACGUCCGAUUGUGAAACAGUUAGCCAUAGCCAUCAAUCGUCUCUUGUAUCGGUUGGAAAUGGAGUCAUUAUUGUACGCAGUUUCAGAAGAAGAUGCAUUUGCUUUCCCUGUUGCAAAAUUGCUUCGAUUAGGGAAGAACGAGAUCGAUAACUCGCAUUCCCCCUUGUUCUUCCUGCGUCCAUUUGUGCCCAAUAAAAUUUUGGAAUGCAAUACAUGCGUGCUUUCCAUCAUUCUAGCAAAGCUUUCUUACUGGGUGGUGUUGAAUCCUGGGAACUCCACUGCCACAACAUCAAGCUGAAGAUAUUAGAGCCUGACUUCACGCCUCCACCACCGAUAUCUCUUUCCGAUCCUUAUUUCGUUGCGAAUAUUAGAAGCAACAUUUACUUGUUUGCACACGUGCACAGUGAAGGUUUUUGGGUUCUUAAAUCCGGGACAUGGGAUUCCUUGUCUGCUCCCGCACUUUCUCCUGUUGAUCCAACAUUCAGGCGCGCUUAUAUUCGUGAUUCGCCUUGGUGUCAAUGGUUCAUUUCUGAUGACAAGCUUUUCCUGCUUGCAUCAUAUCUACCUGGAAAAGAAGAAAUAGUUGUCUAUGACCCCCAAAGUGCCGUCUGGGAGAAAGUGGAUGACAAGGACACCCACUUCCAGUUAAGCUCAUUUGAUCUUCAUUCAAUUACUACUAUCUCAGUUCCAGAUGUAUGCAACAAUUGCAGUGUGGCACUUACAUUUAGGGGGGGAAACAUUAGAGGAGGAGAAUUUGUAAACAUCAAACUAUAUGCUCUGCUGUUGGAUAAGCAAACUAACCUUGUCCGUUGCUGUCAAUCGCUUGACGAGUGUUCUAAUCAGAUCCAAGUCCAACAGUCCAAAGUUUGGUGGUAUUCCCCAAGCAUGAAAUGUGUUGACCUUGGCAAUGGCAUGGUAUGUGCUCUCAUCAUUGGAAGCACAAAAUUAAGGUGUCAUGCUGAUCUAGAACCUCUCCUUUGGAUAUUGGUAUUUACCCUAGUCUGGACACAAGAGGACCAAAGAUUCCUAUAUGUUGUUGAUGUUUCUGUGAAUCAAAUCUACACCAGGCACCUCGCCAAUCCCAAGGAGACUGAUUGUCUGCACAGUGCCUUUAUUGUAACACCCAAGGAUUUUAGCACUGCAUUUGUGGAGCAGAAAGACUCACUGAAUAAGAGAAUGGAAGUCCAAGCUCAACUGCCACGAACAUACACCAUGAAGGACAUUUUGGGAGAACUUCAAAACAUGAAGAUUUAUAUGGAAGGAAGAUUACAAAGUAUUGAAACAAGUCUUGCAAGGCAACAAGAUGCUAUUGAUCAUCUCUGCACGCAUUUCGGAAUUCUAAAUAGGUGUGGCAUAAUCCUUCAUCCGCGCACAAGUUAAGGUGACGAGCAAUGAAGAGAAAGAUGAUUGAUCAUUGUUGGUUUCACAUGAGGAUUUUUUUUAUCACUAUUAUUCUGAUCUAACAUUAAUAAGCUUAGAAUUGUAUAGCACAUAGCUUAUGUU